AUGCAGUUUGAACCGGAUGAUGGCAAUCUCAAGGUCAUCAUCGCCAAGGAUGACGGGUCAGACUACCCGGAAGAAGCGUGGCGACGCUUGACCGUCGAGUUUGAGGUCACGGGCAAUCCUUAUAUCAAUCCUUGGACAGCGCCUUACAGGGAUUGUUGCAUGGUCCAGAAGAUUGAAUCUGCCAUUCUCAUCAACAUUUUCCUCGGCACGAUCCAAGUAGCUCCUUCGAUUCCCACAAUCAUCUGCAAGCCCUUCCGAGGUGACAUCAAAGACGCAGACUUUCCCAACUGUCCUUUCGACUACGAGGGUAUCCGAGACGCGACUUUGCCGGCCAUCCGACAGCUCAAAUGGACUGCGGAUCUCAUCGAACGUGCUGCCGCAUGA